CAAUAACACCCCGCUCUGGCACAUUGGUCGCCGUCGACCCUGUGCUACCGACUGUGUCGCCAUGCCGAAUCAGUAUCCGACGUUGUCACAAUGUGCGGCUGUUGCGACCGCGCUUAAAGUGCUCUUGUGGCCUGCAUACAAGUCGACCGACUUCGAGGUGCAUCGCAACUGGCUUGCUAUCACAAAUACCUUGCCCCUGAGGGAAUGGUAUUUUGAGCACACUUCAGAAUGGACACUGGACUAUCCUCCAUUCUUCGCCUACUUUGAGUGGACUAUGUCACAGCUGGCACGCUUCAUCGAUCCGAAGAUGCUCGAUGUCCAGAAUCUCGGCUAUGAUAGCUGGCAGACAAUCUACUUCCAGCGAGCAACAGUCAUUGUCACGGAGUUUGUGCUCAUUUACGCCUUGAGCCUGUACAUCAGCUCCGCCCCUGUCGGAGAGAAGAAGCAAAGCCACGCUGCCGCCAUCUCGAUCUUGCUCUCGCCAGGUCUGCUCAUCAUUGACCACAUCCAUUUCCAGUACAACGGCACGAUGUAUGGCAUUCUGAUCCUGUCCAUCGUGCUGGCACGUCACCGCCAGCAUGGCUUACUGCUGAGCGGCAUCGUCUUCAUGGCGCUGUUGUGUCUCAAGCAUAUCUAUCUUUACCUGGCACCGGCUUGGUUCGUAUAUCUGCUCCGGGUCUAUUGCCUAGGACCUCGAUCGAUCUUUGAAAUCAAAUGGUUCAAUUGUAUCAAGCUUGGAGUAGGGAUUCUGGUCGUCAUUGCAGCAGCAUUUGGUCCUUUCGCGAUCGAGAGUCUUGAUCAAUUACCGCAGAUUAUGAGCAGGCUGUUUCCGUUCAGCAGAGGGCUGUGCCACGCUUACUGGGCUCCGAAUGUCUGGGCGAUGUACUCCUUCAGUGAUCGCGUGCUGAUAUAUCUUGCACCAUAUCUCAAGCUUCCUGUCAACGCAGACGCCAUGAAUAGCGUCACUCGAGGCUUAGUUGGCGAUACCUCAUUUGCUGUCCUGCCCGACAUACCACCAAGGCUUACUUUCAUCCUGACACUGGGAGCUCAAAUACCUGGAUUGAUCAAGCUAUUCUUGCUUCCGACAUGGGACAACUUUGUUGCCACUAUAACUUUAUGCGGCUACGCCUCAUUCCUUUUCGGAUGGCACGUUCACGAGAAGGCCAUACUCCUGGUCAUCCUCCCUUUUAGCUUGCUUGCCCUCAAAGAUAGGCGCUUCCUGGGAGCUUUCCGCCCACUGGCCGUUGCUGGUCACGUGAGCUUGUUUCCGCUCCUAUUCACUGCCAUGGAGUUUCCAGUCAAGGUUGUGUAUACCAUCACGUGGCUAGUCGUCUUUCUGAUGUCUUUCGAUCAGCUCGCUCCAGCAUCCGAAAAGCCUCGAGUGUUCUUGUUUGAUCGAUUCUCUUUGCUUUACAUUGCAGUGGCUAUACCGUUGAUCGCUUACUGUUCUUUCCUCCAUCACUUGGCAUUUGGAGCCAAGUACGAGUUCUUGCCGCUGAUGUUCACAAGCUCAUACACUGCCGUUGGAGUGGUUGGCAGCUGGUUAGGAUUUCUCGUAGUCUUUUUCACCUCAUAAUCAAG